AUGACGCGGCCCCGCCGGCCCUCGCCCCUGGGGCGGCCGGGGCUGCGCGCAACGCCUCCGCUGCCGCAGCUCGUGUGCCUGGCGGUGGCCCUGCUGGGCCAGCCCGCGGCGUCGGCCCGGGCGCCGCGGCGAGCACACGGCGUCCUGCGGGCCUCGUCGCAGGCUGGCGCGGCCCACGUGCUCUCGCAGCACGGGGUCAUUCGGAGACCUCGGCGGCGCCGACGCACGGUCGGAGGACUCCGUCACCGCAGUCAUCGCCGAGCUGAACGAGCGGAUCCUGGAGGCGUGGGUCAGCCUGGACCAGCUGCGCGCCGAGCGCAGCAUCACGGAGGAUCGCAGUCAGAGCUGAGGCGCCGGCAGCUCGCGGCGGACAUCGCACGGCUGUCGGACCAGUCGUCCAGGCAGGAGGGCGAGCGCGCCGCGGCGGCCGCGGGGCUGCAGGAGGUGGACGAACACUUUGCUGAGCUCCGGCGCCGCCGCGAGAGCCAGGUUGCGGAGCGCGUAGCGCGGAGGUUGGCGGACGAGAAGUUGCUGCUGGCGCUCGAGAAUGACACAAACGUCGCCAUGGGGCUCGUGAACUACACCAGGUGCAGCGAGUCCGCCGCCUCCGCGGCCCUGCUGUCGUCGCAGACGCGUACGCGUCGCGCGCGUACUUCCCCGCGGCGCUCCCCCCGCGGCGCGGCCGUACUGCCCGCGCACGCGCACACGGCGCACUUCCCCGCGGCGCCCUCGAGGCUCUGCAGGUCCGCGGGCAGCCGCCUGUACCUGCACGGGGACCAUCGCGUCCAGGCGUGGCUGCAACACGUCACGGCGCUGCCGAGAGCGCAGCACCUCUUUCACCAGGUGCUGGGCAGCCUAGCCAGCAGGGCGUCCUUCGUGAAGACAAGUCGGGCACACAGGGAUGACGAGUACACUUACGUGGUCGGUCCCAUGGUUAGCGAUGCCGCCGAAGACACUUGCGAUACUUCGCUCGUGAUGUCCGAGGAGAACAUGGAGACAAAGUGCACCAAAAGGGCAGCAUCAAUGGGUUGCUCGGUGAUUAUAGAUCCUGGGUGCACUGGGGAUGAUAAUUGGAGAAUGUGCUAUUAUCAGACCAUCGACGAUCUGAUUGCACUGGGGGACUCCUAUCUUGAGGUGUUCGGCGGACACGUCUACCAACACGACCAACACGACCAACUCGACCAACUCGACGGCCAACCUCACGGUCUGCACCAGGGUUCAGUACAGCACGGUUUGGCCCACUGA